GUAAAAUGGAACAGCUGGCAGCAGACUGGAAGGUUCUCGAGCUCAGAUUGAAAGAAAGAACUCAAGUGCCUAAGUCGCCAUGGACGCAUCAGAUCACCCAGCAACCAUCUCCAGUGUGUGUUGAGGUUCAGAGGUCAGCAUUGCUGAGUGAGGCUCCUCUCAGCGCAGCCUGUGUAAGCGACCGGGCCACAGAACUGGCCGACUGGCUGCAGCUCAUUCAGCAGAUGCUCAAAUCCAGUAUUGUUACUGUGGGCGACACCGACGAGAUCCGGACCACCAUCAGCCGCCUGGAGGUGACUAAAGGUGAUCUGGAACAGAGACAUCCUCAGCUGGAGGAGAUUUUCACUCAGGCUCAGAACAUCAAGAACAAAACGUCUGACCUGGAUGUUCGAACCUCCAUCAGUGAGAAACUGGAGAAGGUGCGCAGCCAAUGGGACGGCACGCAGCACGGCGUGGAGGCGCGGCUCCUGCAGCUGGAUCACAUGACCACGCACAGUGAACAGUGGCAGGACCAAUGGGCUCGGGUGAAGGCUCUGAUUGGUCAGAACGAGGCUCGUUCGCAUAACCUGCUCCAGAUGAGCCGAGAUCCGCUCACCAAGCAGAUCGGCGACAACAAGGCCUUCCUGCAGGACCUGAGUCGAGAGCACGUGACCGUGGCUGCGUUUAACGAGCUGUGCAAUCAGCUCCUGCAGGAUUACGCCAGCGAUGACACGCGCAGGGUCAAAGAGGUGAUGGACAAAACUGUUAUGUCCUGGAACUCUGUGAAUAACAGGGCAUCAGAUCGUCAGGCGCUUCUCGACUCAGAGCUGAAGAGCCUGCAGAUGUCGCUCAGGGAGCUCGAGGGCUUCCUUAAAUGGCUGCAGGAGGCUGAAACCACCGUUAACGUCUUGGCCGACGCCUCCCAGAGGGAGGAGCUGUCUCAGGACUCCGCCCACCUCAGGGAGCUGAAGGGGCAACUUGACGACAUUCAGGUGGAGAUCGACGCCCAUAACGAUGUGUUUAAGAGUGUUGACGGAAACAAGUUGAGGAUGGUGAAGGCUCUGGGCAGCUCCGAGGAGGCCGUGUUCCUGCAGCAAAGGCUGGAUGAUAUGAACCACCGCUGGAACGAACUCAAGGCCAAAUCAGCCAACAUACGGGCUCAUCUGGAGGCCAGUGCAGAGCGAUGGAGCAGGCUGCUGUCCGUUCUGGAAGAGUUGUGGAGGUGGAUCUGCCAGAAGGAUGAUGAGCUCACUAAGCAGAUGCCUAUUGGAGGAGAUGUGCCAACGUUAUUGCAGCAGUAUAACCACUGCUCGGCUUUGAGGGCGGAGCUAAAGGAGAGGGAGCAUGUCGUGGUCAGUACCUUGGACCAGGCACGCAUGUUCCUGGCUGAUCAGCCCAUCGAGGGGCCUGAAGAACCACGCAAGAACCUGCAGUCAAAAACUGAGUUGUCUCCGGAGGAAAAGGCCCAGAGGGUUGCGAGGGCAAUCCGGAAGCAGGCGGCUGAGGUACGCGAGCGCUGGGAGAGAUUGCUCGGACACGUGGGAGGUUGGCACGAGCAGGUGGAACGCUCUCUGGAGAAACUCCAAGACCUGCAGAGCACCAUGGACCAGCUGGAUGUGCAUCUGAGCCGACCCGAGGAGGUCAAAGGUCGCUGGCAGCCUGUCGGAGACCUGCUUAUCGACUCGCUGCAGGACCACAUCAACAAAACCACUGCGUUCCGGGACGAAGUGGCUCCUCUGAAGCAGGAGGUGUUGGCAGUGAAUGUGUUGGCAAGCGAAUUGGCUCCUUUGGAUGUGCAACUUUCGUCCACCACCAGCAGACAACUGGACAACCUGAACACACGCUGGAACGUACUGCAGGUAGCCAUUGAGGAGAGACUGAAACUCUUACAGGAAGCUCAUAGAGACUUUGGACCCUCAUCACAACACUUCCUCUCCACUUCAGUCCAGAUGCCCUGGCAGAGAGCAGUAUCCCAGAAUAAAGUGCCCUACUACAUCAACCAUCAGACACAGACGACAUGUUGGGAUCAUCCAAAAAUGACCGAGCUCUACCAUUCCCUCGCUGAUCUCAAUCAUGUGCGAUUCUCCGCCUACAGAACUGCCAUGAAGAUUCGACGACUACAGAAAGCUCUCUGCUUGGACCUGUUGGACUUGUCCGUCGCUCAGUCCAUGUUCCAGCAGCACAAGCUGAACGUCAACUCGGCGCAGCUCUCCGUCCCCGAGGUCAUUAACUGUCUCACGUCCGUUUACGACGAUCUAGAGCAGGAGCACAAGGACCUCGUGAACGUGCCGCUCUGCGUCGACAUGUGUCUCAACUGGCUUCUCAACGUCUAUGACACGGGUCGCAGCGGGAAGAUCCGAGUCCUGUCCAUGAAGAUCGGCCUGCUCUCGCUGUGUAAAGGUCACCUGGAGGAGAAGUACAGAUGUCUGUUUAACCAGGUGUCCUCUCCGGGGGAUACGUGUGAUCAGAGGCAAUUGGGGCUUCUGCUGCAUGACGCCAUCCAGAUCCCACGGCAGCUCGGAGAAGUGGCAGCUUUCGGAGGCAGCAACAUAGAACCGAGCGUCAGGAGCUGCUUCCAGCACGUGACCAAUAAGGUGGAGUUGGAGCCGAGCCAUUUUGUGGACUGGAUGAGGUUGGAGCCUCAGUCCAUGGUGUGGCUUCCUGUACUGCACAGAGUGGCGGCUGCGGAGACGGCGAAACAUCAGGCCAAGUGUAACAUCUGUAAAGAGUGUCCGAUUGUAGGCUUCAGGUAUCGCAGUUUAAAGCACUUUAACUACGACGUUUGUCAGAGUUGCUUUUUCUCCGGCCGCACGGCGAAAGGACACAAGCUGAACUACCCCAUGGUGGAGUACUGCACCCCGACCACCUCGGGCGAGGACAUGCGCGACUUCACCAAAGUGCUUAAGAACAAGUUCCGCUCGAAGAAGUACUUCGCCAAGCACCCUCGCCUCGGCUACCUGCCCGUGCAAACUGUCCUGGAGGGGGACAACAUAGAGACCCCGGUCACUCUGAUCAGCAUGUGUCCUGAGCAGUAUGAGCUGGCUCAGUCGCCUCAGCUUCCCCAUGACGACACACACUCGAGGAUAGAGCAGUAUGCGAGCAGAUUGGCUCAGAUGGAGCGCUCUAACGGUUCUUUGCCUACAGACAGCAGCUCAGCCACAGGCAGCAUGGACGAGGAGCAUGCGCUGAUCUUGCAGUACUGUCAGACUCUCGGAGCCGAGGCCGCGUCCUGCAGCCAGCCGCAAAGCCCCACCCACACGCCCAAAUCCCAUGCCCUGGGUAUGCAUGGCACCACACAGGCAUUGCAGAGCCCUGCUCAGAUACUGCAGGCUGUAGAGAAGGAGGAGAGAGGAGAGCUAGAGCGCGUCAUCACUCGCCUGGAGGAGGAGCAACGGAGUCUGCGCAGGGAGUACGAGCAGCUGCGGGAAAGGCAUCGCGGUGGUGCGGAGAGUGUGAUGAGCACUGAGGGCGCGGCCCCUGAUGAGGCCGACUUGCUGGCCGAAGCUAAGCUCCUACGGCAGCACAAGGGCCGGCUGGAGGCUCGCAUGCAGAUACUGGAGGAUCACAACAAACAGCUGGAGUCUCAGCUCUACCGACUACGACAGCUCCUGCACCAGCCCGAGCUGGAUUCUGCAGUCAACGGCGGUUCCUCUUUGGGUUCUCUGAGUCAGGAGGCAAGAGGUCGUCCAGAACACACAGAUGACUUUCUGGAACAUUCUUCCUCCUCUGAUAUGACUGAACUUAUGGAGCAGAUUAAUAACAGCUUUCCAACUUGUGCUCCACCGAGCUUGUCCUCGAGAUCACAGGUGAUGUGAGAGCUGCUGAUGACGACAGUGUCGAUGACGCGUCACGUGAUGUGGUGAAGUCCCUGCUCUCAUAGACGAAGUUCACCAACCUGGAGUUCCUCACCUUGACUCCAACACCGAAAUUGUCCAUCACGACCACCACCACGUCCAUCACCGCCACGUCCAUCACCCUGUCUGUCUGUACUAUGCAACUGUAAAUUCCAUGACCUGAUCCGGGUUUUAGGUUUGGGAUUUGUAUGAAUACGACAGACGACGAUAUUUCGCUAACGGGCGCUUCAGAAUGUUUAACCUGUUCAGCUUGUAUUUCUGUUUUUCUGUGCACACGCUCCGGGAACCUCUGUUCACCUUCUUUACGCAUAUCUCUCACAUAUUUAACACAGACAGAAAUAAAGACGUGGUUGUGGUAAACCUUUACAACACACACCUGGUGGAUGAAGACCACUCGCUUCGCCUCCGAAUGCAUGUUCCUCCCAGAAUGCAUCCCUCGGCUGUGUAUCUCGUGUUUACGGCGUGAAUCCGUGCCGUCACCCACGGAGCGGUCGGCUGUCCUCGAAAAAAUAAUCCACGUCACCACCGUAUUUUUUUUCUUCCCAGUCAGAGUGUUCCUUUACUCGUUCUGCCACCACUGCAGUUUGUCAGCGUUCCUUUCAUUAUUAUUAUUAUUAUUAUUAUUAUUAUUAUUAAAAAUGACACGUCUUUAUUUUUAUCCGCUUUGAGCUACAUUAACUGUCGUGGUAUCGAGUCCAUGUUGGCGCCCUAUCAGCCACCCCUGUGUAAAUACUGUACAUGUUGAGGAAUGCUGAGAUGUUUUAGCCCUGUGUGCCUAUACAGCAUCCAUUCCAAGGAAAGGAUUUACGGGAUCGUGAACUAAAGAAUAAAGAGAUCUAAAUUCAGAUUGGACGAUUUCUAUUUUUUUUUCCCCCCCGAGUCGAAUAGUUUUCUAAAAGUCGAGUCGAAUCAGAAGAAAGCCAUGAUUGCCUUGCUACCUCAGACUCCACAGCGUUCGUUUGCGAGAUUCGUGCUUUUUUUUUUUUUUUUUUUCCCCUCCGAACCAAACCAGAAACCGAACACCACAGACGGUUCGAUUUUAAAACCCCGCGUACGUUAACGCCACCUAUUUACUUCCGAUCAGGGACGAGAUCCGGUCGAAGAGAAAAGGCUGGAAAUGAAAAAGUCAAUGAUUUUAAAACAAAAAAAAAUUCUGUGAUUUGGUCUGUGAAUUAUUUUCAGCUUUUUUUUUUCUCCAUGGUGUAUAUCAUGUUUUUCCACCCUGUAAAGCAUUAACACUACUCUAGCCAAAUCCGAUGUGUCCCGGACCGCGGGGUUUGGACGUCUCGGAUUUCUCUCUGUGUUGAUCCGAGGUCCGGUUUUGUCUGAUGUCUUGUAGAAGGACCGGUCCGAGGUCAGUGUGUGGUACGUCCAGGUCCCGCUGUCGGGUUUUUGUGCUGUUUCAUGUCCACUGAGCUGUGUUGUUGUUCUUAUCUGAGGUAGAUGGUGUAGCUGACCACACUACAUGUACUAUGGUUUUAUUCCAAAUAAAAACAUUUUUAUAACGAG